UGAUGUGUGCGACCAUUCAGUAUGAAGUGAAGCGUGUCACCAUUCACUCAGACACACCAGACACAACACAUUAGAUGCACAUCAUAGCAUGGUGGUCACGCAGAAGAGAAAGUGUCAAACCUCGUCCGUGGAUCCAUCCAUCCAUCCGUCCGUCGAUGACUGACGGAAUGGGUGCAUCCUGAAUGACGUGUGUCUUCUCGCAAGAGCGGCGCACGUCCAGCUUUCCCAACCGAAUGCGUCGGGAAUACUGUCCCUGCACUGCCGAAGGAGGACACACGCCAUGAGCAUAUCACCCACCCCGUGUGCGGAUGGAUGGAUGAGCGAAGCGGUGCUCUAAAUCUGCAAUCUCGCCAGAGAGAUGGGCGAGAUGGGCGUCUGUGAGGUCUCCCAGCUUCUUCAAGGGAACAAAAACUGACCCUUGUCAGCCAGCCAGCCAGCCAGCCAGCCAGCAACACACACAUACAUACAAACAUGCCACGGUCAAUCUCUCUCUCUCUCUGCCUGCCUGCUGGACGCAGGCGACUCGACUUGACUUGACUUGACUCACGUGACUCCACUACACUGCCAGCAUAUUCACCAUCCCUUUCCCCUUGCGAGUGAGAGUGAGUGUGGCCGUGGACAGUAGUCCAGGCAACUCAAUACGCACACAAACACACAGAGCCAGCAAUUGAGUAUGCGGACGGCCACACCACACCACACCACACGCACACACCCGACCCCGGCACGCACCCCAACGCAAAAAGGUACAUAGAUAAGACUACGCGAGCGAAAAAAGAAACCGCCCGCCAGCGGCCGAUAGAUGGAUGAUGGGCAGGCCCUCACGCCUUUUUCUCCUUGGCGAGCUUGCGCAGCACGUACUGCAGGAUGCCGCCGUGCUUGAAGUAAACAACCUGCACACACACACACACACACAGACACACAGGGAGAGGGGCCUCACGGGUGCAUCUCUGCAGUCUGCAGUAUCUGUGUGUGCAAGUUUGUGUGGCUGCUGAGCUGACCUCUACGUCUGUGUCGAUUCUGCAUUUGACUUUGAAUGAGGUGCCGUUGGAGACCUUGACCUCGAUGAGCUCGCCGGGGGUGAAGUCGCCGCCCUUCAUGGCGAUCGAGAAGCGCUCGCUGCCACUCAGACCCAACGACUCGCCCGUCUGGCCGUCCACAAACUGCAGCGGCAACACACCCAUACCUGGCACCAUCACACAGACACACACACAGAGAGAGAGAGAGAGAGGGGGAGAGGUGCCACGGUCCUGGGUGUGGUUUUUCUAUGUGGUGUGGCGCUUACGCACCGACGAGGUUGCUCCUGUGGAUGCGCUCGAAGGACUCGGCAAUGAUGGCCUUCACGCCCUGCAGCUGCACACCCCUGGUAAGGUAACACAACACAGGAUAACACGAUGCCACAAAUGGCCGUCAUCUAAGUGUGUGUGUUACUUGGCCGCCCAGUCUCGCGAGGAUCCGCUGCCGUACUCGGCACCCGCCAGGAUAAUCGACGGGGCGCCCUCAGACGCAUAACGCUGAGAUGCACACACACACACACACACACAUAUAGCGACAGAAUGCCAUCCACAGUGCCUUCUGAGGUUGGGCCUUUUGUGUGCCGUCACCUCAGCGACGGUCCAGACGGGCAGGAGGUCGCCUGACGGGUGAUGAAGGGUCUUCGGACCUGCACAACACACACAUCAUUGAGCGCUUCUCUCUCCCCCUCUCUGUGCGUGUGCGUGUGUGUGUGUGUGUCUCUGCUAGGCAGGUGGCUGACCAGACUGUGGUGCCAUUUUGUUGAUCAGACGGAUGUUGGCGAAGGUGCCCCGAACCAUGCACUGAGGAAUGACACCAACCACAUGAAAUGACGCCCGUCCCAUCCACCACUGACUAGGUCAGUCACCUCGAAGUUUCCUCUUCUGGCGCCGUAGGUGUUGAAGUCCUUUCGCUCGACGCCGUAGCUGUUGAGGUACUCAGCCGCCGGGCUGUCCUUGGAGAUGUUGCCGGCUGGCGAGAUGUGGUCGGUGGUGAUGGAGUGACCCACGUUCAGCAGGCAGUAGGCGUCCUUGAUGUCCUCUACCUGGUGGCAUGGCAACACACGGGAGAGAGAGAUUGUGUCUUUGUGUGGGUGCGUUGGGUGGGAGGGGGGAAGGGGGGAGGGGGGGAGGGUUACUUACCUUUGGGGGCUCCAUGGUCAUGUCCUGGAAGAAUGGCGGGUUGCGGAUGUAGGUCGACUGCUCGUCCCAGGCGUACAGCUUGCCCGGCGGCACCUGAUGCGAUGAACAGUAAGCACAGCUCAGCUCCUCGUUGCUCUCUCCCUCUCUCUGUCUCUUUCUGUGUCAUGGUGGACCUGCAGUGAGUUCCAGUCGUCAGUUCCAUUUCUGAUGGUCUCGUAUAUCUUGGAGAACAUCUCGCCCUUGAUGUACUUCUCCUCCAAGGCCUGGACCUCACUGCAGUGCACCCAUCACAAUGAACACAAUAUGGCAGUGACAAUCGCCCGCUGUGUGUUGGUGCUGUGUGUGGGUCUCGUCUGCACCCACCUGAGUGUGGGCCAGAUGUCUUUGAGGAAGACGGGCGAGCCGUCCUUGCCAGUGCCGACCGGCUCCUUGUCGAAGUCGAUGUCAACGCGACCUGCAUCGCACCCACCAUGCCCAUGACCACACACAUGUGUGUCCAUCCCUCUCUCUCUCUCUGUGUGUGUGUGUGUGUGUGUCUGCUGGGAUUUUUCCGACCGGCGAGCGCAUGCGCGACGACCAGCGGUGGCGAUGCGAGGUAGUUGGCACGGGUCUGGGGGUGCACACGGCCCUCGAAGUUGCGGUUGCCUGACACACAAACACAUACACAUACACACACAAAGAAAGAGAUGGGGCCGGCUGCCUCACUGGUCGCCUUAUUCGUGUGUAUGUGUGUGUGUGUGUGACCAGAGAGGACGGCGGCGACGACGAGGUCCUUCUGUGUGAUGGCAUCCGACACCUCGGGGUCGAGGUCGCCGCUGUUGCCGAUGCACGUCAUGCAGCCAUAGCCGGCAUGGUAGAAACCCAGCUGCUCACACGAGAAAAAGAGAGAGAGAGAGAUCCACAUGGAGGGAGGGAUGGGUGUGUGUAAUAUGACCUCCUCCAGGUCCUUAUCGAGGCCGCUCAGCCGCAGGUACUCAGACACCUGACAGGCGCACCCCAUGUGUGUGUGUGUGUGUCUGUCUGUCUGCAUGCCUGUGUUGUCAUGUGUGUGUGUCGCAGCGACAUACCGCCUUAGAUCCGGGUGAGAGUGAAGUCUUGAUGUACGGCUGGACCUUGAGGCCCUUCGCGAGCGCCUUCCUCGCCACCAGACCCGCACCCAACAUGACCGAAGGGUUGCUGCACACACACAGAGGGAGGAGGACACACAGCGAGUCGGGCAGAUGUGAUGUGGCCGUCUUGCUGCCAUGUGCCUGAUUGAGGGACCUGGUGUUGGUGCACGAGGUGAUGGCCGUGAUGACCACAGAGCCGUGCUUCAACUCAUACUCUGCACAAGACACACACACCAGCCAUACGGGUGCUUACGCCUCAUCAUCUCUGUGUGUGCGCGUGUGUGUGUGUGCGGCUCGCUCACUUUGUCCCUGGUACUCGAAGGACACGGUGUCAGCUCGCUUGUCGGCGGGGACGUUGUAGCCCUUGAACCCAACAGGGCUCUCCAGGCAACUCUACACACACAAACCGAGACACAACAAGGCACACACGCAUCGCUUCUCUCUGUCUGUGCGGUGGGGCUGGUGUGUGUGUGUGUGUGUGUUGCCUGCAGCACCCACCAGGAAGUCCUGCUUCAUGUCCUUGAGAGGGACGUGGUCGUGCGGACGCUUCGGACCAGACAUGCACGGCUGACAUCGACAUCCACAUACAGAUACACAGGAGAGAGGCCUGUCUGCCUGUCUGUCUGUCUGUCACUGUGUGUGUCUGCCCUCCCCUGGUCUGCUGUGCUCACCUCGACGGUGCUAAGGUCGAGCUUCAUGGUGUCCGUGUAGACGCAAGGGGGCGAGCCCGCCUCACGGAACAUACCCUGGACGAGCGACAAGCGCCCACACCCACGCACACAUCACACACAUGGCAUGCACUGCACUCUCAAGUCAAGCGGGUGCUGCUGUGCUGUGGUGAUGUGACCCACCAUUGCUUUGAGGUACCCCUCGACCAGGUCUAGUUUCUCCUUGGGCCGGCCGGUCUGCGACAGGUACUUGAUCGACUGCGAAUCAACAGGGAAGAACCCCAUCGUCGCUCUGACAGACAGACAGAAAGGCACCACACACAUACCGCUCAUGAGCGAGGGACAGAGAGAGCCCUUCUGCACACCCACCCACACACCCACCCACCCGUAUUCCGGCGACAUGUUGGCGAUGGUGGCGCGGUCAGCCAGGCUCAGGUUGGCGCAACCUGCACACACACGCAAUCGGACAGACAGGUAUGGUAUGCAGGCAGCCACCACAUGUCGUGCCGACCGCCCGAGCGCGGCUAUGCAGGUCGCUCACCGUCUCCGAAGAACUCGACGAACUUGCCAACCACACCGCGCUUGCGCAACAUCUGACACACACAACACAACACAACACAACACAAAACAGCACAGCACAGCACAGCACAACAGACAAGAAGUGACGACACACACAGGAGGAUUGGCAAAAGUGGAUGUGUGUGUAGCUUAUUACCUUUGUGACGGUGAGGACGAGGUCAGUGGCGUUGGCCCUCUCGGGGAGGGUCCCCGUCAACUCGAACCCUAUCACCUCGGGCAACACCAUCGAUAUCGGCUGAAAAAUGGAGAGAAUAAAAAGAGGGACACACACCCAUUGCUGCUGGGGGGAGGUCUGGUGAUGGACGCACCUGUCCGAGCAUGACGGCUUCGGCCUCGAUGCCGCCCACGCCCCAGCCGACAACGCCCAGCCCGUCUAUCAUGGUCGUGUGCGAAUCCGUCCCAACCAACGAGUCUGAACACACACACACACACACACACUCACUGGGUGAGCAAGCACACCCACCCCCUCUCCCUCUCCCUCUGUCCCUAACACAGAUACACACUGACAUACUGACACACUGACAUACUGACAUACCAGGGUAGAGGACGUUGUUGCUGUCGAAGACCACACGGGCGAGGUACUCGAGGUUGACCUGGUGGACGAUGCCGCUGCCCGGCGGGACGAUGAGCAUGUUGUCGAAGGCCGUGGCGCCCCACUUGAGGAAGGCGAACCGCUCGGCAUUGCGCUGGAACUCGAUCUUCUGGUUCUUCUCCAGGGCGUCGGGCGAGCGGCUGAAGUCCACCUGCACACUGUGGUCGAUGACCAGGUCUACCGGCACCAGGGGGUUCACCGCUGAGGGGUCGCCGCCCAGGUCCUUCAUGGCGUCGCGCAUCGCCGCGAGAUCGACCACGGCUGGCACGCCACUGAACAGACACACACACACACACGGACGAUGGCAUUGUGUGUUUGUGGGUGUGGUGUGGUGUGUGGUGUGUGGCGGUCGGUUACGUGAAGUCCUGUAGGAGGACGCGCGCCGGCAUGAAUGGGAUCUCCUUCUGCUGCGCGCUGCUCUUCUUCCAGUCCAGGAUGGUCUCAACGUCCUUCUCCUGAAUGCUGCACACACACACCACACCACAUACCGCAGUGACAACACACACUCCCCGGCUGCUGCGGCUUGCCCACCGACCUGAGUCCAUCGCAGUUUCGCACAGCCGACUCGAGCAGCACCCGGAUGGAGUAGGGCAGCUCAGACACACGGGGGUCGCCCAACGCUACGUGAGCCAACAAACACACACACCCAUCUUCCUCUCAUCAUUCUGCCUGUCCACCCACCCACCCACCUGUGAUGUCGUAAUACUUCUUGCCGGUGUUGCCGAGGGUCUUGCACACUUUGGCGUCGAACGGGUUGGAGUAGUGUCGCUUCUGACCCGCCCCUGCCCCAGUCCCGUUGGCCACCACAGACAUCCUGCCUAAGCUGCUAAUCGAGGUGCUAAUUCCGCUAAAUCGACUCAACGACAGGAACCCUCUGAGCAUCGAUACUGCCGCAGAGGGACCUGCACACACAUAGCACACGCCAGACACUCGAAACCAUGAACAGGGGCAGGAUUGGCUGCCAUCUUUGUCUGUGCGCACCUUCUGGCAAAAUCGGCGGGUGAGGCUGCCGACGGUGCUCUCAAUGGACGAAGGAGCAGGUUGCUUGGUGCGUGAGCGGCAAAAACACGAAGCGCGGAGAAGAGCGGCUUUCGGGCUAGAGACGGGACAAUUGGAGACGGGCGAGGAGAGGUCGCGGAGAGAAGCGCAUUGUCGUGUCUACGAGCUUUGCGUCACUUCACAGUAUCCUGUUUGUCCCAGCAUCUCUCACUUGCGUCAUCAGGACUCCCACCCAUCUCGGUUACCUUCUUGAGGGAUGCCGUCGUGUUCUUCGGACUGCGAGUCGCCAU